ACCUGGGGAACCCGGCACGGGGCCCUGUAACGAGACGAGGGAGAGCACCGCCUCGCCCGAUACGACGAGCGGAGGACGUCAGCCUGGCGGCAGUAUGAGCGUCAAAAGAGCCCGCUCCAACCACUCGGAAUCCCACAGGCGUAGGCGUAGGGACUCCCCGACCGCCGCCCGCGUUCUGAGCAGCAACGCCGGUGCACCCGACCCCGAAGGAGGAGCGAAUACGAGCAACGAGGGUGACGACACGGGCAUUCGGCGAAGCCGCGGACUCGCGACGCGGCUGUUACGAUGCCGUCCGCGAAGGAAGGUACCACCGAGUCCCGAAGGGCUUCGACUAGGACCACGACAUCGAGGCACCGGAGACGGAAGACCGGCCCGGACUCGGCCUACAGCUGGGUGGUGGCCAUGGCCUGCGCCGGCGUGAACGUGUUCAUGCACGCCUCCGGCAAGGUGGUCGGUCUGCUGUUCUUCGGCAUGCUUAGCGAGUUCUCCGUGAGCCGCGAGGUGGCGGCCUGGCCCCUGGUGCUCAACAACACCCUGCUCAACUUGGCAGCCCCGGCUUUCGGAUUCCUCUCUAAGUUCUUCCCCAUCCGAAACAUCAUCCUCUUGUCCUCGGCCAUUUCUUCUUUAUCCGUGGCCCUCUGCUACUUCGUCAGCGACGUUUUCUACAUAUCUCUACUCUUCGGAGUCAUCCACGGUGCAGCCACCUGUGGAGCUGUACUAAUGACCCAGGUCUGCGUGAAUCAGCACUUCAUCCGCCGGCGCGGUACGGCAGCCGGCGUCGUGUCUGCCAUCUCGGGCCUCAACAGCCUCAUCUUCCCUCCACUCUGCGAGUUCUGGAUCGCAAACUACGACCUACACUGGACGUUUCUGCUGCUCGGAGCUUGCAUCCUGAACUCGAUGGCCUUUGGUUUCCUGGUACGCUCGCCGAGUUGGCUCAUCGUGAAUCCGGUGGACUACUCUAAGCGUCGCAAGAGCAUCUUCACGCGCGCUAACGUAGCUAACAAGGGCCUCGCCAGCUGGAUCACCCACUUUAGCGAAGACAACAGCGACUCCUCAGACGAGGAAGGGCAUCUAGAGGCGUCCAGGCACUUGUCCAGCUCCGUGAGAUACUUUUUCAGCGAGGGUGGCGGUAUCACUACGUCCGAAAGCGAGACCCACAUGGAGAUGAUGCCCGUCAUCCAUCGCACAAGUCUAGCGCCGGUCAAGUUGCGUCCCGGAGUUUCGGAAGAAGUUCUCUCUCGUAAAGGGGACUCGAACCAAGGCAGCGUCAUCGAAUGCCAGAGGGAAGAUGUUAUCUACAAGGAUGACAGAGAUUACUCUCCUGAAAGACUCGGUCAGGUUCGUCAAGCCCACCAGCUGCUCAUUCGCACUCCGGCGCCCCCUGCUAUUGACAACAGGCUCACUGUGGUUCCUAUGAUGUCCAUUCCCACCGGGUACACGCUUUGUAAACCCCUCGAGCGAGUUGACUCAAGUAUAGGGCAGCCGUACUCGAAGCACUUUCAAGUGAAGAACACAUCCGGAGAGAACCAAGACUCGGACACAGACGACAACAUCAACAAGAAACAAAAGUUCUGGAAAGCCAUGAAGACAUUUCUCACCAUUUCUUUCUGGCAUCUGACCCUGUCUCAGUUCAUGGUCCAGUUUGGGCUGGGAGUGUUCCUCAUCACCAUUGUGGACUUUGCUAAUGAUUGCGGAAUUGGAGCGCACGACGCUGUCUACUUCAUGACGUCUUUCUGCGUUGGUGACAUGUUGUCUCGUGUGAUCACUGGUCUCAUAGCUGACAGGGGAUCGAUUCAUCUGGAGUUUCUUGUGGCUCUAGCUUAUGUGGUCCAGGGAAUAUCGUACGAGUGCAUGUGCUACAUGAAGAGCUACUUCAAUCUGCUCAUCCUUACUCUGGGCAUUGGAGUGAGCCAUGGUACCAGGAUCUUUCUGCUGCCAAUAUUUCUCACAAGAAGUUUUGGAUUGCGAGGACUCUCAGUGAACCUCAGCGUGUCCACUUGCAUCUGUGGCGUAUUAACGCUGAUACGGCCCUUCGUAAUCGGUUACUUCAGGGACCACCAAGGGGCAUACAAAGGCCUCUACCACCUGAUAUGCAUUGCCAACAUGAUUUUGGCAGUCACCUGGUUCAUCAAGAUGCUGCUUAUUCGGAAGAGGGACAGGGUUCAGCUUCAAGGAAUUUAGUUGUUUAAGCACUCAAGACUAUGUCGUGGUCGUAAGCGUUCACGGUCCCUUGCUGGUUUCACCGCACAUCCUUGGACCGUCCGCGAGUGAUGUUUGGAGGGAAAAUAUCACAGGUGUCUGAAUCUAGUCCCCGAAAUAACCAUGCGCAAAAACAGUAACGGAUACAGCUGACUUCCACAUUUAAUAUGUGAUGUGAAAUUCCGCUUGCGAUACGUGAGAUAUGCAACAUCUGCGAACAUGUAGAUACCUCAGUGUUCAAUAUCGGUUUAAUUUAUGAAUAAGUUAUGAUUACAUGUAGGACAAAUGCACAACGCAAAUGAAGAAAACGGCUACGUUUUUCAAAUGCUUUUUCUUUUGUUCUCCUUAAUUUUUAUUUCAUAGAAGAAUUAUUUUAUUGGGCUAUACGGAAGUCCUUAACUUUUUAAGCUACGUUACUUAAAUUACUAGCCAGUAGAUUGUUGCAAAGAAUACUGGAAUAGGCCUCCAAUAUAUUCGCCUUCCCCACUUACUUCAUGGCUAGGAUGAGAACACAUGUGUAUAUUUAUGUGCUCGUUGCCUUACUUGAACUUGUUCGCUGAAACGGUUUCUGAGUGCGCGUCUAUUUUUGAACACAUUUUGCUUUUUAUUUGGCAGUUAGUUGGUGGGGACCUGCAUAGAAUACAAAUCGCCACCGAAGGAUUUUUUUUUCAAGCAUACACGACAUUUGUGGAGAUAUGUGUACAAAGGUCGUAACUUUUUUUAGUCACAUAUUUUUUAACAUUUAACAUUAUUUACGCGAGGCAGAGUUCGUUAGAACAAUGUGAAAGUACAAUAUGUACCAAAGAAGCAAGUUAGCUUUUUGCAAAACAGUGACAUUUGUCGCUUUCGGCAUCAGAGGGAGAUGCUUAUUUUUUUGUUUAUCUUAUGGUAAUUAUUUUGACUGUGGUCAUUGUUUAGAGAGCCGGCCAUUUUAAAAGUGGUAGAUCCAGACUCGACGGGCUCAGAUGCGAAAAGGUCACAGAAUGCAGAGAUACUUUUUACACAUCUCUUGCUUUAGGGUAAGUUAUUUAUUAGAUACUGCUCGAGGCUCUCUCUUGUAUCUAUUUAUGCGGGUUCGCACCGCACCUAGAUACAGAAGGUCAAGAGUUAGAGUAACGUCUCCUAAACUACAUGUUGACAUCCAGUCGACUCAAAUUUAUGGGACGGUGAUCUACGUGCCUUUCUAGUGCCCUGUGGGCAUUGUAAAAAUAAUGUUUCUUAACUUAUUUCGUGUUUUUUCCCAACUUGUAAGCUUUCACUGUUGUCUCUUUCCUUGAAUAAAGCUUUAUUUUAAACAAAG